AUGUGCCCACCCCUGACAGAAUUCUUACCUCAGACCAAGCCUGAGGGGGAACGACUUCAAACUUCAGCCCUUUGUCCUUGCUAUGCUCCCAAGCUUCGGAGUGCUCACUGUAAACCUCUGUGCUUGAAAGGAAAGGUAGGAGUCCACGUAGGCGCCAGGACCAAGGUGAGGCCCCCUGUAUCUCCCCUGCUGAGUCCGGGGGCCUCAUGCUGUCCGGACACCCGGGUGAUUUCUCUCUUCCCUGCAGCUCUGCCUUCAGAGGCCUCUGCCUGUCCCCAGGAUCUGUGCCCAGUGGGAGAGGAGGUGGGGAGAGAAGAGAUGUCUCCAAAGCUCCCGACCUCGGGACACCAGGAGUCGCUGACGUUCCGGGACGUGGCGGUGCUCUUCACGUGGGACGAGUGGCGCCGCCUGGGCCCCGCGCAGAGGAGCCUCUACCGCGAGGUGAUGCUGGAGACCUUCGAGCACCUCGUGGCCCUGGGGCUUCCAGGCUUCAGGUCGGAUGUGAUCUCCCGCCUAGAGAGAGCUCUGUGGAUGGGCCGGGGGCCCGAGAAGUCGGUGGAGGACUGCGGGAGCUGCCCAGGGGUGCAACACGGGCCGGCAUUGGGGCUGCCCCAGCGUCCCGCCCAGUUUCACAACUACCUGGUGGAAUGCUUGCAACCCUCCUGGGGUACAAGGGGUUAUUUCUCCAUCUUUACAGAUGAGGAAACUGAGGCAGUGAGUUCAGUGACUUGCCCAGGGUCACAUGGCAGGGAUGUAUCUGAGGCUGGAUUUGAACUCAGGUCCCCGGCUUUGUGCCUGUGGCCUCCCUGGCUCCAAGCUCUCCUGUGGCAAGUCUCGGGGCCUCCGGGGUGGGGGGGGGGCCUCGGUGGGAUGAGCGGUUGGGGGCGCUGCGCAGGCUGAGAGGGGACAGUGCGGUCAGCAGCCACUGAGUCCUGCCGGGCUGACCGUGGGGGUGAGGCAGCCCCUUCCCCCCGGAGCCCCCCAAGUGGCCGAGGCUCCCUGCCAGCCUCCCCCGUGUCCUUCCCCGCCACAUCGCAGCCCGCUGGCCGGCAGAGUCGGAGGAGGCUUCGGGGUUGGAGCCGGCCCGGAGCCGGAGGGAGGCUCUGGUCCAAGCGGGCCUCAGACCCUUCCCAGCCGGGGGAGCCUGGCUGAGCCCCUCACCCGAGGCCCCGGCCCGGCCCCCGCGGGUUCUUUUCCAAGCCUUCCCCUCCCCCCUUCCGACAGCAAGAGGGAGUCUUGGGCACAGCAGAAGCCAGCAGCCCCCGGAUAGCCCUUCCCUCCCUCUGGAGCCCUUCCGGGUGAAGCGGCUGACCCUGGCGGCGGGGGGGAGGGGCACACAGCAGGGAAGAGACGGCCCCGCCCCUGGCCGUCCUGGGCUCCUCAGCUAUUGGCCACAGAAGAGGCCAGUAAAAUCCGCCUGCCGGGGAUUCUGGGAAAGAGCCUGAAGCCUGCUGAGGCCCAUCCCGGAAGGCUGCUGGCAGGCGCUCUCCUAGAGAAGGGAGGAGUGCCCCAUAUGAGGUGAUACAAAGAAUAACUUUUGGAUAAAAGCUCCUGUUAUUCUCCGGAAACAGAGGCAGCACUGCAAGAAGCCUCUGGGGGGAAGAACGCCCAGUGCCACGAGUGGUCAUCCCGACAAGGACGUGCCUCUCCUUGGGCCACGAUCAGAGCCAUCCUGGCCAAUGUCGCCAUUUUCCAGAGGGGGAAACUGAGGCAGGCGGGGUGGCCAUGUGUGGGAGCCACAGGCAGGUCUGAGGCCCUGACCCAGAGGGCCAUCCUGGAGUUCAAAAAAGUAAAAAGGGGGAAAAGAGGUUCUGAAAUCCAACCAGAAAAGCUUGUAAGUGCUUUUGGAGAGGCCCAAUAGAAUUCACUUCCAGUCCUUGUUUGCCAUUUCUCCCUCUGUCCCACAGGCUGGAACCUCAUUCUGGUCUUCUUGGCAGCCUUCCUAGGGUGGAGGGGCCAUUCCCUCCUCCAGCUAGUUUUGGGGAGGCGACAACCAAGAAGUGACUUGCCCAGGGUCACACAGUGAGGAAGCCCCUGGGGCUGGAUUAGAACUCAGGACCAGUGUCUUCCAGGCUCUAAGCCCAGGACUACAGGUCCCCCCUCUACUGUCUGGUACAGUCUUCUUCCUCCCUCUGGCCUUUUGGUCUUCUUUCUUGAUGGAAAAAUCAGACUCAAACACCCCUAUACAGAGGGGUUCUUUCUCCUUCCAGAUGCAGCAAUGACAUGUGUUUUGCCUCUUUCAGGUUCUUUUCCUGAUGAAAUACCUGAAACCAAAGUUCCAGGGCCAAACCAGGGCAUUUCUGAGGGACCAUCAUCCAAGGAAAGACUGCAGGAGGUGGGGUCCCACCAGCGGAGCCUAGGAAGAGGGGGAACUGGGGUAUCCCUCUACAGAAGAGAAUGGGACCUGGGGUGUCCCUCUAGAGAAAAGGAAGCAAUCAGGGUAUCCCUCUAGAAAAGAGAAAGAGAACCUGGGAACUGGGGUGUUUCUAGAACCUGGGAGAGGGCCCCGGAAGGAAGAUACUUUGGUCUGAUUAUAAUCCAUUCAUGAGAAAUUGGGAGGAGGGGGAAGAGUUAAGUCCUCAUAAAUAUAAUGUAUUUGAGGAGGCAUCACUCAUCUACUAGAGAAUGUUUUUUUUUUUAAUAGUAUUUUAUUUGAUCAUUUCCAUGCAUUAUUCAUUAAGACAAAGAUCAUUUUCUUUUCCUCCCUCCCACCCCCCUGUAGCCGACGCGUGAUUCCACUGGGUAUCACAUGUGUUCUUGAUUCGAACCCAUUGCCAUGUUGUUAGUAUUUGCAUUAGAGUGUUCAUUUAGAGUCUCUCCUCUGUCAUGUCCCCUCAGCCACUGUAGUCAGGCAGUUGCUUUUCAUCGGUGUUUCUACUCCCUCAGUUUGUCCUCUGCUUAUGGAUAGUGUUUUUCCUCCUAGAUCCCUGCAGAUUGUUCAGGGACAUUACACCGCCACUAAUGGAGAAGUCCAUUACGUUCGAUUAUACCACAGUGUAUUAGUUUCUGUGUACAAUGUUCUCCUGGUUCUGCUCCUCUCGCUCUGCAUCACUAGAGAAUAAGUUUUUGACAAGAAGGGAUAAGAGAAAGCCCUCCAUUAAAGAACAUUCCUUGCUUAACAGCAGGAAGGUGGAAUAGUAGAUGGAGCUCUAGACCCUAGAGUGCUAGAAAGACUUGUCCAAGUUCAGCUUUAUACACUUACAAGCUAUGUGAUCUUGGGCGAGUCAUUUCACCUCUACCUUGGUCUCCUCAUCUGUAAAAUGGGAAUAUUAUAGUUACCUCCCAAAGUUGUUAUGAGGAUAAAAUGAGAUGCUUGUAAGGAACUUUGUCAGUCUUUAAGGGCAACAUAUAUGCUAGCUAUUAUUAUCAGAUUAUAUAUUAUUAUAUAUAUAUUAUAUAUAUAUAAUAUAUAUAUAUAAUAUAUAUAUAUUAGAAAGAAUCACCAAAUAUACUAUUGAAUAUAGAAAAGCCUUUAGUCAAUGGAUAAGAUUAAAUCAGAGAGCUCCCAUUGGAAAGAAACCCUUUUAAUGAAUCUUGGCAAACUUUAAGCCAAAGUUUUUUACUUCUGCCUACCAGAAAAUUCAUACCAGAGAUAUAACUUUUGAAUGUGAUAAAUGUGAGAACAUCUUUUUAAUAAUAAUUCUUGCCUUCUCUUGCAGCAAGGAACUCCUUCUAGAGACAAACCCAAUAAAUGGAAUGAAUGUGGGAAA